AUGAAAAGAGGAUUUAAAAGACAAUUAAAAGUCUACAUCAUUCAGCCAACCCAUCUCCUGUCAUGGCUACUGAUAUCAUUUCUUUUGGAACUCACUUCUUCAUUGAAACCUGCCCAGCAUCCGAUUUUUCAGAAGAAACCUUUCGUGGCAGUUUGGAAUGCCCCUACAGACCAGUGUCUGUUUCAGUACAACACUGGAAUUAAUCUGAGAACAUUUCACAUCACUGGAAGCCCCUUGGCCAAAGCCAGAGGUCAGAAUGUCACCAUUUUCUUUGUCAACAGACUGGGUUAUUAUCCUUGGUAUAAUGCACAAGAAGAUCCCAUUAAUGGUGGCCUCCCCCAGAAUGCCAGCUUGCAAACCCACCUGAUUAAAGCUAACCAAGACAUCCGACACUACAUCUCCGCUGAGGACUUCAGGGGUCUGGCCAUGAUAGAAUGGGAGUAUUGGAGGCCUCAGUGGUCAUGCAACUGGAAUGCCAAGGAUGUUUACAGGCGGAAUUCUAGGCAGCUGAUUUCUGAGAGACUAAGAAACUUAUCAGACAACAGUCUGGAGCACUCUGCCAAGGUCUCUUUUGAAGAAAGCGCAAAGGCCUUCAUGAAGGAAACCAUUGAAUUAGGUAUGAGGAACCGACCCAGGGCCCUUUGGGGCUACUACUUAUAUCCAGAUUGCCACAGUUAUAAUUUCCAUGAGCAGAACUACACUGGCUCCUGCCCUGAAGAUGAAGUUUUGAGAAAUAAUGAGCUUUUCUGGCUCUGGAACAGCAGUGCUGCCUUGUAUCCCUCCAUAAGUGUCCAGAAGGCUCUCAGGAAUAGUAAGAACCUAUGGCUCUUCUCUUGGUUUAGGGUGAAUGAGUCCCUGAGGAUUUCUACCAUGAUGUCUUGUGACUAUGCUCUACCUGUCUUUGUCUACACAAGGCUGGGCUAUAGAGAUGCCCCUUUGACAUUCCUUUCUAAGCAUGAUUUGAUUAGCACCAUAGGAGAAAGUGCAGCUCUGGGUGCAGCUGGUAUUGUCAUUUGGGGAGACAUGAAUUUAACUUCAUCUGAGGGCAACUGUACGAAGGUGAAGAAGUUUGUUACUUCCCAUUUAGGGAACUAUCUCAUCAAUGUCACCACAGCCGCAGAAGAGUGCAGCCGGCAUCACUGCGGGAAUAAUGGGAGGUGCACACGGAAGGCCUGGAAUGCCCAUGAUUACCUUCACCUCAACCCUCAAAGCUACUACAUAGAGGCCUCUGAGAAUGAGGAAUUUAUGGUGAAGGGAAAAGCCUCUGGCACAGACUCGGAAGUCAUGGAAGAGAAAUUUUCCUGCCAUUGCUAUCGGGGUUAUGGAGGAGCAGACUGCAGAAAUGUUAACCCAUCUGAAGAACCUCCUGGCAGCCCUGCAACUCUCCUGUUUUCUGGAUUAUUAGUAAUGCUCUGUCUGCUGGCUUUAGCCUGUCAUCGGGGUAUCCAGCUGUGA